GUUCGUGGUUGUCAUUUGUCUUGCUUCAUUUUCUUCUCGGAGCUGUCAAAAUGAGCUCGACUACAGUUGAGACUGUCGUGAAGCCUUCCAAGGCAAACAUUGCCGUCUUCACGAAUCCCGCCCACAAGCUAUGGAUCAACGAGGCAGAACCAACAGUAGAGGAUGUGCAGAAGGGAGAGAGCUUGAAACACGGUGAAGUCACUGUUGCUAUCAAGAGCACCGGGAUAUGUGGCUCCGACGUUCACUUCUGGCACGCAGGAUGCAUCGGACCUAUGAUUGUGGAGGGGGAUCAUAUCCUGGGACACGAAUCUGCUGGCCAGGUUAUCGCGGUGCAUCCGUCGGUGACACACCUAAAAGUUGGAGAUCGAGUCGCGAUAGAACCGAACAUCAUUUGCAACGAAUGUGAGCCUUGCCUAACGGGCCGUUACAACGGUUGCGAGAAGGUCCUAUUCCUAUCGACACCUCCAGUUCCGGGCCUAUUAAGGAGAUACGUAAAUCACCCAGCUAUUUGGUGUCACAAGAUUGGAAAUAUGUCAUACGAGAACGGAGCGAUGUUGGAGCCUCUCAGCGUCGCACUAGCUGGUAUGCAAAGAGCCGGUGUUAACCUUGGUGACCCGGUAUUGGUUUGCGGCGCUGGGCCGAUCGGAUUGAUCACAUUACUCUGCUGUCAAGCUGCUGGAGCUUGCCCUCUAGUCAUCACCGACAUUGAUGAGGGACGACUGAGAUUCGCCAAGGAUAUCUGCCCGUCAGUCAUAACGCACAAAGUAGAGAGGGCGAGUGCCGAAGAUUCGGCGAAGAAGAUAAUAGAAUCUUUCGGUGGCAUCGAACCGUCUCUGGCUAUAGAGUGCACUGGGGUGGAGAGCAGUAUAGCAUCGGCCGUCUGGGCUGUUAAAUUCGGAGGCAAGGUAUUCAUCACCGGUGUUGGAAAGAACGAAAUCAACUUCCCCUUCAUGCGGGCCAGCACUCGAGAAGUUGACGUAGAGUUCCAAUACCGAUAUUGCAACACGUGGCCUCGAGCUAUUCGCUUGGUCGAGAAUGGUGUAGUAGACCUCUCAAAGCUUGUUACUCAUCGAUUCAAGCUUGAAGACGCUCUCGACGCCUUCAACACGGCAGCGGACCCCAAAACGGGAGCCAUUAAAGUCCAGAUUCAAAGCCUUGAUUAGCUUGGGUUCCGCUAUACCCACAAGCGAGUGUGCGACAGGGAUGGAGGCAGGCCAUUGCAUAUAGAAUAAGGCUAGGGCCAAGAUCAAGUGAGUUUUUGGGAAUAUAGGUAUAUUCUUAAGGUAAUGAAUGAUACGGAAAUAAAGCAUAAGAAAGACUAUAAAUUAAGCCAGCUGUUAUGAUAUUAGGGAUCCAAUUUGAAAAUUAACAUAAUUUCGGAAAAUGAGUAUAAGAUUAAGAUAAAGAUAAAGAUAAAAAUGAAGCCAUAGAGUCUAAAAGAUGAAAGGUAAAGAAGACAUGGGAUGAAUAGAAUAAGUGAACUAAGAAGGGGCCCUUUAACUAUUACUAAUCUAGAAUUUUCCUUACCUACUAGCAAUCUGAUUGGUCAAUUGCUCAAGAUCCAAAGACCCACGGGUACCGUUGUACCUACCUAGGU